CUCAGAUGUCCUUGUAGCUAUGGAAACUCAUCAGCGGGCAGCAUCCUCCUACAGUUUGUUCACCCCGUCGUCUGGACAGCUAAGCUAAAUUUGUAUGUAAAACAUCGGUUCAAAAUGGCGAUCGGCCGUCAAACGCUUUCCUUGGUACUCCUCUCAUGGCUGUGCAAGAGUACAGCUUUUGCUGUAAUACUCCGAACAACUGAAAAAUCAGUAUGGACAAAUGAAUUUGAGUCAAUUGAGUUGACCUGCUUGAUAGAGUCCAUUUCUACAAACAAUCCCAGAAUUGAAUGGAAGAAAAUAAAAAAUGGUGUACCCAGCUAUGUGUAUUUCCAAAAUAAAAUUUCAGGUGACUUGGAGCACAGGGCUUUGCUGAGAGAGCCUGCAAACCUUCUGAUCCUGAACACCAGCAGAUCGGACACAGCUCAGUAUCGCUGUGAGGUGGCGGCCAUCGACGACCAGAAGCCCUUUGAUGAAAUACUAGUCAGUCUCGCUGUAAGAGGUACUGUUGGAAUAGUUUUUGCCAGAUUCAGCAAGGGGAACAUUAAAUUCCGGUCGGUGAAGAAAGAGGAUGCAGGUGAAUACUAUUGCCAGGCCAGGAAUGAGGCAGGAUGGUCAAAAUGCAGUCCUCAGACAAUGGAAGUUUAUGAUCUGGACAUUGUGGGCAUAUUCCUGAAGGUGUUAGGCGGAGUGGCAGCAUUUAUAUUUGUCAUUGUGGGGAUCUGUCAGAUUCAGAAAAGUGGCUACUGUUCCUGCAAGGAUCAUAGGGAAACCAAUUACAAAGUACCCCAACAUGACAAUAGGAUGGACUAUGCCAGUCCAGAUGAGGGACAUUUCCGCCACAAGUCCUCCUUUGUCAUAUAAAAUCAAAGAAGAGGAGACGAGCGCUUCAAUCGUGUGAAUGCCUUGUGAGCUGACUUUUGAACUGUCAAAUUGUGCUUUUUACGCUGAGGUGCAACUUGAGCUUCAUGGCUUGCCAAAGUUAUUACAAAAACGAAAGCUACUGUGUCGAACAGGGAAUUUUUACUCCCCUUAUUUUGAUUUAAACAGACAGGAAUCAAACACAGGUUUACUUAAAACUCCACUGUUUCUAUGUAAAAAUGACAUUCAAUUGAACAAUACUAAGAUUUAUAGCUAUUACAUGCAUCUUGUAAAGUAAAAAAAUCAUUGUUUCAGCAAAUCAAAAAGGAUUGAACUUAAUAAGUAACAUAAAAGAUGAGUUUGGUAAGACUUUCCAAAUAAUUGUGACUUUCUGAAUGUCGGUUGCAGACUUCAAAUUGUAGCAAGGCCGAAAUUGCAUCCAGGUGCUGCUGUAUUUUUGCCCAAAAGUAGUCAACACAUAAUACCAGUGCAAGAACUUACAUGUCUUCAAGGCAAAUAUUACAUUUCCCACUGGAAAUAUAGUGUGUGUGACUAUGUAAAGAAUCCUGUCAGUGUAAAUGUGUACAAUACCAUGCCAAGACUGUUUUAUCUGGGUCACUUUUGACAAGAGGAUUUUAUGUGUUAGUGUUUCUUUCAGCAGUGGUUAUUUAGUUCAUGAACUAUACAUUGGUAGCAUUUUAGUUUGAGAUUUAAUCAAACAUCUCCGUAAAGUCAGUCGACUUGGUUGUGCAAGAUGAUUCAUUUACUUUUUUGAACUAUUCCUCUAGAUACAGAUUACGCACUUGUGGUUUUUUCAGAGUGCCAUUUCUGUGUUUAAGUGACCUUCAAUGCUUUAUAAUCGUUUUAUACGUUUUGGACAUAUUGUCCAGGUUUUAUGACUCGGUGUUAUUGUUUUAAUCUAUUUAUAAGAUCUACGUAUAUUGCAGUUCACUCCAGAGUAGUACUUAGAUAGACCGUGGGCCGUGUCACAAGAAUAAAACUGAUUAUGUGGAAGCAAUCAACAUUGUCUAUCCUUUCAUUUUGUUUUUAAAGCAUGUAGCUAUAUAUGCAA